GUACAAUGUUUGAUGUAGUCCAGCUUUUGUUUGGUUUGAACUUUAAGAUUCGAUUCCUUUUGUAAACAUUAAAAAGUUGCCCGAUAUUUUUUUAAUUAAAAUAAUAAUCCAAUAAGUCUUUUUUUUUAAAUUGAAACCAAAAUUAAAAUUUUAGUAUAUGUAUUAGCUCAUUCACUAUAGACGUACAGAUUGUACAGUGUUUGGUUUAUUUUCUUGUUUUUAAAGUCAUGGAAACACAAGAACUGCUUCUCGAGAAUUUAUAAGCUAUAUAUUUUAAGUUAUUGACAAUUUAUAUGAGUUCAAGCCAACAGUUUGCAUUAGAAUGGGAUUACUUUGGAUUUUGUAUUUGGUAUUUUUCAUUGUCCAAAAUACUGAAAGUCAACAAGUAACACUGCAAGUUUCCCCGAGUGGUCAGUACUUCAGUUCCGUUCAGAACAUCUCAUUAAUAUGCAGCUAUCCCGGAGCCACUAACGCUGGAGUCUUUCGCUUCUAUGUGGGCAGCACUCUGCUGGCAGUUCAACAGGCUGGAAUUUAUUCUCUAAUCGGAGGAGUCUCUGGCAAUUACAUGUGCACAUAUUCCACUGCUGGAAGUGUGAUUUCAAACAGUAGUGCUACACCUAUCAAUAUCGUUGGUCCUCCAACAAUUACGUCCAGUAACUCUCUUCCUGCCCUUGGUGGAAGUUUAAUUUUGACUUGUACUACAGAUAUUCAAAAUCCUGGCCUAUAUAUCUUCUUCAAUUAUAACACAGUUUUGCAAAGCAGUUCGUCUUCAACAUACUUAAAGACAGGCUUACUUUCAAGUGACGCUGGAGCUUAUAAAUGUAGAAUACAAGUUGGCACGUUUACAAGUCAGGACAGCAAUUACGUCAUUGUGGCUUUCAACGCACCUACGAGGCCAUCAUUGACAACGCAAGCUGGAUAUGAUUCUAAAUACGGUUCCUCUAUUGUACUACAAUGUACCAUCACUCAAGCAACAGCCUAUGAUCUUGUGUGGGCGCAGCUGUUUAAAAACGGUGUUAGGGUUGCCCAGCAAGCAGCGACCUCUACAACAACAACCUUCAGUGAAGUGUCUCUGACCAGGACGGGUGGAAGCUACACGUGUAGCUACUCUAACUUCAGAGGAGAGUCUCCACAGAGCUUGCCUAUUACAAUUACAGUCAAUAAUUUGGUUCUAAAUGCACCAACAAUAUCCGCCACAGCCAGUGCAGUGGCCAGGAUUUUCUCCACAAGUGUAACCUGUAGCACAAGUUUCGACACAAACCAAAUUUUUUAUUGCUCACUGUAUCUCAACAAAAAACAAUAUGCUGAAGAUGCUGACUGCGUGUUCCCGAUCCCUCAUGGUAUCACUGGGUCUUUUAACUGCACCGUGUCAUCACUGACCAGCACGUCACAAUUCAGUCCUUACAACACUAUCACGUUUUUUGAUGAACCAACUGUACUACCAGUGUCAACAGUGCCACCUAUACCAAAUCAGUUCUACGCUUUACAGUGUAUCCAGGAUAUUAAUGGCCCCAUCAACUGGUUCAAGAACUAUGAUGAUGUCACCAGUAUAGGAACAAACAAUACACUCAGUGUGUUCAUCCGAAGCUCUGAGAUAAAAAACUUGUAUAAAUGUGUUGUGACCUAUUACACAUUCAAAAUCUCAAGCGCCUAUUAUACUGUAUUUUCGUCUCUACCAGUGACGCCGACCUUGACAAUGGAUAGGGGAGACACUUUCCUCAGAAACAAAGACGUCACCAAAUUUACAUGCUCCAGUACAGAGUCAGGGGAGACGUUCUCGUUAUAUCGUGAUGGGAUGCGAGUGUUUGAAAAACCUGGCAAUGGUACUGUUACAUUUGUUACCAAGAUUGGAAAGAAUGGAGCUUUUUACACUUGCACAACCACAAAUGCUUUUGGUGAAUCAAUGCAAAGCAACUCUCUCUACGUGCCUGGAUUAAAUCAGCUGUACAUUACUGCAAGCAAUCUGUCACAAACUAUUGGUCAGCAACUGAAACUGGACUGCUCCAUGAAAAAUCCACCAGCAGGCGUUACAUAUACUUGGAAUAUAUACAAGGUCUCUGGUUACUCUGUGUUAUCCAAUUCACAGACAUUACCUUUGCUGUCAUUAGCUGAUAGUGACAAGGGCUUGUACUCUUGUCAGAUUAAUAUCAAUGGGCAGAUCAUCCGUGCAGAUAACUACUAUUUAAUCACUUUUGAUAGACCACCUGCGCCUGACAUACUUCUGAUUACUUCAUCGACAUCAGCCACAGCUCAAGUUCAGUGCUUCAUUCAAAGUUUAUUUAUUGAUGUGCAAAAAACGUUCAAGCUCUACCAGAAUGGGAAUUUGACAAAAAAUGUCCCCUAUGAAGAUGUGCGCAGCUUCAACAACGGUUUUAAUUUUUGGCGCUACUAUACCAUAGACACUAGCAUACAGGCCAAUCAAGGGAACUACUCUUGUACUGCUUUGAAUUUCAAUGGGGAAUCACCACAAAGCAAGACAGUCUCUGUUUCUUACACAACAGCAUUCACAGUGCCAGUUAUAACAACAAGUGUUCCCAAUCCUUCAAUGGGCUCUUCUGUAAUACUGACAUGCAGUGUUACCAACUCUUCUGCAUUAGAUUAUCAGUUUACUUGGCAGAAGGAUUUUAAACCAAUCAUCGCAAAUAGCAGAAUAUUGGCCUUGACCUCUUUAGGUGUAGAGGAUGAUGGUUACUAUGUUUGUAACUACCAGUUUCAGUAUCAAGGGGUCACCAAUAUCUUAACCUCUGAUGCAUUUUACAUUUCAUUACGCACACCUCUGCAGCCAUCCCUUCUUUUAGAUCCUGCUUACUUAGAAUUUGAUAGAGACACUUAUGACUUAGGAGAUGGACCAAUGUAUUAUGUGUUUGGUCAAGGAGAAAUUGUCCAUGUCAAAUGUUUUUCUCAAGUUCCGCACAUCAGUGUUACAGACUGGAAAAACAAGAAACUGACCUCAAAGUACACCUACCGACUUAUCUCUAACAAUAUUCUUGUAGAUUCCAGUAUUGGUGGGGAUUUUGCUAUUUCUAAUCUUGCUGCAGGCAAUUAUACAUAUACCUGUCUGGCUGAAGGCAGUGGUUCUCAAUCCAAUCAGAGUUAUCCUCUAUUUGUCAGAGUAGCACCUCGUCCUAUACUGUACCAGAGCAUACAGAGUGCGUCCUCAAGAACAUUACAAUGUAUCGUUCAGCAAGCAAGCAAUGGUUUUGAUAUCAUCUGGAAGAAAAACAAUAUCUACCUCAGAGAGAGGUCUACCACACUCAACAUGCCCAAUUUUUCACAGGCAGAUGAAGGCACCUACUCAUGUCGACAGCAAGCUGGACCAUACUAUCUAGCUACUAGUGAAAAAUUGGCUCUGGCUUAUGGCACCAAACCGGCAACUCCAGACAUUGUAGGAGAUAAUCUCUCUGAACGAGGCUCCCCAGGUGUCAUUAGCUGCGUGGCUCCCAGCACCACAGCUUUCAAGGCAUUGUUUUAUAAAAACAACGUCAAUUUUUACAACACAACAGAUGGUUACUUUGAUGAAGGAGGGCAGGCUGUCUUCAAUUAUACCAUCCCGUCAAUCUCUGCCAAUGAUGCUGGAAGUUACAUGUGUAGAAUAGAAAGUAGUCUUGGCCUCUCUGAUCUUACAACUGCUAGUGAUAUUAUAUAUGUGGGUCAGUGCAGUAACAACCCAUGUGAACAGAAUUGUAAAGAAAAUGAUUUGGGGACAAAUUUCAACUGUUCCUGUUUGCCAGGUUUUUCACUCAACAAUGAUGGGAAGACAUGUGGAGUGUGUGAUAGCAACCAUUAUGGAGAAGGUUGUGCCUUUACAUGUGCAUGUAAUGUCAACAACACUGCCAUGUGUGACAGUGUCACUGGCAAUUGUCAGUGCAGCACUGGAUGGGAGGGACCCACCUGUGACUCUGACAUCAAUGAAUGUAAUUCAAAUCUAGAUUUCUGUAAAAAUGCUUCCAACUGCAUCAACACAAUUGGAAGCUUCAUGUGCUCCUGUCCAAAAGGAUUUAUCAAUGCCACAUCUGGCAAGGCUUGUGAAGACAUAGAUGAGUGUCUAACUAACCCUUGUAAGGCAACUGAAGCAUGUCUUAAUACCAAUGGUUCCUACAGCUGUUCUUGCAAACCAGGUUAUCAGGGGACAUCAUCAGGAGGUGACUGCAUAGAUAUAGACGAGUGCAGCAGUCAGUCUAAUCCAUGUGCACAAACAUGUCACAAUGUUUUAGGUGGCUACAUCUGCAGCUGUUCAGAUGGCUACAUGUUUGACCAAAACAAGAAAUGUGUUUCUGUCUUCAGACGUGAGUUUGAAAUUCACUAUCCAUCAGUUUCACCAUCAGAUAAUGUUUUGACCUUAAACUCUUUGGAAUAUAAUAACACUCAAGGUGAAAUAUACAACACAAUUAAUAGACAACUGCAAUUACUUGCAAAAGGUUACUUGGACUGUAGUGCUUCAAAUCUAAGAAAAGGCAGUCUAGUAGCUACGAUAACUGUGAACAUGAACAAAGAUGCUUACACAAAUCUUGGUGGUUACUUAACUAAAGCUUUAACUAUGAUGAAUAUGUCAGAAUUAACCAUCAAUGAAACUAGACAGCCUGACGCUUACAUCUUUGUGAAGUCUUUACGUGUCCAAAGAGAUACACCACAAUGUGAUCUAAGGGCACUCAUUGACCCAUGUGAAAGUAAUGAAAAUUGUAAUGUUGAUGAUGAAGGCAUCUCCUACUGCCAGAUACAGAUAUUGAGUUCAGCCUCAUUAUUAGAAGGCAACAUUUUUGAUUACCUUGGACUUGGCAUUGGUGUAGGUGUUAUUGCAGGCAUCGCACUGACUAUUACCAUCAUUGUAAUAUUCUACAACCGGAAGGUGAAAUAUUAUGAGAAAUCCACUAUAGAGUCUUCCAUCAAAAAGAAUGACAGCCAACGCAGUAGCAAACUCAUCAGCCCUGACAACAGUUUGAAUUCUCAAGAAGAUAUUUACCAGCCGGAACCAUUUUUUCAGCGCAUCAUCAAAAGAGCAAAUUUGAAAGUGACCGAUUACAGAAAUGAUGUAUAGUAAGACAUAGCCUUGUUACACAGCAUUUCUGAGUUAUUGUAGAUAUUAGACUAUAUAUGUAAUGGAAAGUGCUGAGGAUGCUUUAAUGAACAAUGUCAUUAUCAAGAGUAUCAAACUUUUUGUUUUCACUAUUUGUACAUUUUUGAAAAUACUAUUUAUAAACUUUCAGGAUAUAUUUGUAUUUCUUGCCAUUGAUACUUUUAGAUUUGAAGUUAUGUGAAGAACUAAAUUAUUGUUAUCAAAAUAAUUUUCACUGUGUAUUUUUUGUUUCAUUUGAAUAUGUUUGUGCCAAUAAACUGAAAUGUAUUUCUUA